GAUUUGAACGUAGUGAAAUUUAUUUGAGUCACUCUAGUCACUUCGCUUAGGUCCCAGUCUAGAAGGUGGCAUCUCGGACGACAACGAUCUUUCUAUCGAUUCGUUGGUAUUCAUAAUUAGCGUGGGUGCAUCACGUGAUCGCCCACUGCUGAUAACGGAAACAUUGCCGCAGCUAUUUAAUUUUGAACAAGAAUUUGUGUUUUUUGGGACAGUUAUCGUCAGGAUACAUAAAGCAGCUGAGUAUUUGUUUCAUUAAAGGGUAACGGUGUGACUUGGCACUGGUGACUGGGUCCAUUCUUGCGAGGAGGCGGUGUAUUCAGGUACUUUGGUGUGUAAACAAAGGAAGUCGGGCUCCGACUCGGAGAACAAAGAACACGAUAUGGCCCUAUCAGUGGCAAUUUUUGGCCACAGUUUUGUAGCACGGCUUCAGAAAAUGAUUGACAAAGGCACGAUGCCGCAUAAUUUAGGUCUUGAUGAUAAAUAUUCUAUAUGGUGCAAGGGAAUCGGGGGCCUUUCUUUACGGCGCCGCAUUCAGUUGCACUCGCAGGAUAGCUUCCUUGCAGGGAGGGACCUAGUCAUUAUCGACAUUGGCUCGAACGAUAUAUCAUUUCCUCAUUUGUCAGUAAAUCAAUUUGCAAUUAACUUGACAAGUUUUGCAGCAUAUUUGAUACAAGGUCUUGACGUGAAAAAAGUGGCUGUAUGUCAAAUUAUUCGGAGGGACGCUGAACCUUUCAGUGGGUAUAAUGACCGUGUCAUUAAUGCAAACAUUGCAAUUGAGGCAGCCAUUAAAACGACAGGUCUGCCAAUUGUUUUAUGGAAACACCGGUGUGGUUUAUGGAAUCCAUCUGGGGAUAUUUUUGAGUCUGACGGCAUCCAUUUAUCCAAGUCAGUUGGGUAUCCAAAAUAUUUGAGGAGCAUCCGGGACUGUAUUAUUAGGGUGUCGGCAUGGAAAUUGUAAUGUCAUCAUACUGUGUAAAUGUGCGUAAUUGGGUUGUGCAUUUAUACUGCAAAAUUGUUGACCGUCAUUUUUGCACAACAAUAGCUUUUGUAUAUGUAAUAAUUAUGCUUUUGUUAUUGAGAGAUAGCUGAUUGCUAUUUUAUUGGGGCAUGUUAGCUAUGCCUUUAUAUACAUUAUAGCUGAUUGCUAUUUUACGUGCAUAACUGAGUUAUGCGCUUAUAUUUUAGAUAUAGCUGAUGGCUAUUUUGAUGUACAUAACCGAGUUAUGUUUUUUCAUUGUGAUAUAGCUGAUGGCUAUUUUUAGGUACACAACUGAGUUGUGUGUUUUUAGUACAUUUUAAUUGUGCAUAAUUUUAGUGGGAUUCUUGUCGAUUUCGGGCGAAAAGGAAAGGAAAAAAGAACAAAAUAAUAAAUAACAUAUAGUUUUGAAAUAAUUCAAGGGGAACAAUCCAAAAAGCUUAACUACAAUAAAGCUGUUGCAGUUAUUUCCCUUGCAAAUUUUUUUUUUUUUUUUUUUUUUUUCUCCGUAUGUGAGCAGCCAGGCUGUUUGCACAUGCAGCAAGAAUAUGCAUGUAUUCCUGAUCUUAUAGAAAAUGAAUAAGUAAAUGAACUAGGUACAUAAAUAAUUCUACAGGAGGCUCACACUAUGUUGCUAUUUAUUGUUUAUUUUAUUUUAGACAUGGCGAGUUCAGCUAAGAAAAGACGUGAAGAGAGGGAGCAGAACCUUGUACAGUCAACAGUAACGGCUGUAUUAAAAGCACUGAAAGAACAGGGGAUUGUUCCUGAAAAAGCAGAUAAUCAGAACAAUGAAAAACAAACAAGCAAAAAGGCUGCUCAAAAACAAACACAAAAACCAAGCAACAAACAUGCGCAUCCUCCUGUUAGUGAAGUGGUAUCAAAUGAAACCAUUGAUUAUGCCGAUGACAAUAACACACAUGAUACACAGCCAAACAAUCAUAUUGAUAUUGAAAUAGACAGUGACACACUGGAUAUACAGAGAGUCAAAAACACACAGGAAGUCACAGUUCAAACUAUUAACAAUGUCAACGCAAAUUCUUCGAGUCAGGGUAAACAGACAGGGGAAGGCGAUAUCCGUGAAGACAUUACAGCCCUACUGACAGGCGGUGGCAAUAUACAUCUUCCCUCCCCAGAAAGCUUUCCAAUUGGCCCCACACCUGAAGCGCAAUCCCAUUCCAAUCCCAGAACAUCUGUGGGAAAUUUGACUGCUCAGGCCAAAAGCAUACUGUCGCACGCCAUUAGUGAAAGAACAAAGAAACUUUAUCUAUUAUAUUGGAAACGUUAUGUUAGUUUUUGUGAAGACAACAAUACGCUACACCACCUGCCAGUAUCAGUAUCAAAUUUGUUGAAUUUUUUGGCUAGCCUCAUUUAUAAAGGGUACAAAAAUAAUACUGUUGCCGCACAUUCGUCAGCUUUAGCGUAUAUAAAUAAAGCUUUUGGGUAUGAUGACUUCAGUGGCUCAUUCUUGGUGAAGCAAUUCUUCAAAGGGGCAAAAGAUUUUAGGGAUUCUGAGAUAGGCGACUCUCGUUUACCAAUUACCUAUGAAAUUUUGCGUCAGCUUGUUACAGCCUUACCUAAGGUGAUACCAAACCUGUAUGCACGGGUUGCUUUUGCAACGAUGUGUAUACUAGCAUUUCAUGGGUUUUUGAGAAUUGGGGAGAUUUGUGUGAAACCAGGUAAAAUAGAAGACUCUGUCUUACAAUUUUCUGAUGUCAAAUUAGUCGACAUUGAUGGGAUAACGGUUGGUGUGGAACUGCGGUUACGGAAGUUCAAACAUAGUAAACAGGCGGUUACUUUGUUUUUGCCUGUGUACAAGCGCAAGUCAUGUGUAUGUCCGGUAGCUGCCACACAACUUUAUUUGUCAGUUGCUAAGCAUGUAACGGGACCUUUUUUUCAAUUAGAAAGUGGGACAGCGAUAACUUAUCGUUUUUUCAAUGAUUACCUGAAAGCGGCGAUAGGAUUUAUAGGUUUAGAAACAUCAAAAUACAAAGCACACUCCUUCAGGAUUGGUGCUGCCACUCAUUGUGCUAUUCAAGGCUUUCAUGAAGAUGCAAUCAAAAGAAUGGGCCGCUGGAAGUCUAGUGCAUUACAGAAUUACGUUAGAUUACCUACCUUAAGUCUAUAAAGCUGAACUGUAUGUCUCUGGCUAUUCUGAAGGAGGGCAGUACAAGACUGCUCCUGCAUGACUAGGUUUGAUGUAUAGUUGUAUUAUGUUCAUACCAAGAAGUUAUGGUGCUUUAUUUUGGAAUAUGCAGAAUGAUUGAUAUGCAUAUAGUUUUCGUUAAUGGAUAAGGAACGGGGGCCAGUAUAAGACUGCUCCAUAGGAAUGAUUACUUAUUAUAACAGUUAGUUUGUAUUGAGGAGGCCAGCAUAAGACUGCUCCUUAAGAUAGUUUGUAUUAUCAAUUUGUUAGUUUAAAGGAGGACAGUAAAAGACUGCUCCUUAAGAAAUUAUUUAUUAUGAAAAAUUCUAUGUUGAAAAAGGCCAGUACUGGAUUGUUUCCACACAGGAAAUUAUAUGGAACAGAAGAAACUGUCGAGUAUGAUUGUCACUGAUUGUUCAAGUUAUCCUGUUUGUUAUACCAUAAUAGAAAUCCUAGUCUUUUUUCAUGUUAGUAUAGAAUUACAAGAGGUCAGCAGAAGUCUGCUCUUGUUUUGGGAACCUAAAUGAGAUUAUUAUGAGCUUUUCGCACGGCGUAAUUUUACCUUGUUUUUUAUAUAUACAUAGUACUUUUAUCCUGCAAUUUAGUUAGAAAUUUGUUAUAAUUGACCUACAUAAACUAGUCUGGUUUCUGGGGUGGGGGCAACUUGCAUUUGCAAUCACAAGUUGUUGUGGCGGUUUGGACCCCACCUAUGUGUGUUGUUUAUAUGCAGACAUAUGUCCGGUGUAUAUUUUCUAUAUUUUCGUCAUAUAAAAUAAAUGACAUUUCCACUGAAUAUGCCUUGUGUUGAUUAUAUCACACAUAUGAACCAGUAACCAGACUAGUGCCUUGUCUUAUUUGAAGGUGGUGGUAUCUGUGACAGGAAGGGAUUCAAAUGUGAUUUGAACGUAGUGAAAUUUAUUUGAGUCACUCUAGUCACUUCGCUUAGGUCCCAGUCUAGAAGGUGGCAUCUCGGACGACAACGAUCUUUCUAUCGAUUCGUUGGUAUUCAUAAUUAGCGUGGGUGCAUCACGUGAUCGCCCACUGCUGAUAACGGAAACAUUGCCGCAGCUAUUUAAUUUUGAACAAGAAUUUGUCCUUCCUCCUCCCCAGCCACCACCUUAAAACUGGCAAAAUGUUAAGAUUAUUGUGUCUUAGUCUUGUGUUAUAUUCUGCUCGAGCGUAGGCUUACAUGCCACGCCUUAAGAGUUUACUUUUAGUCUAGUCGUUUAUUUACUUGAUGGUAGUAUAAUAUGAGUUUACAUUGUCUAGUCUCCUUAUUUCCUUGAUUUUUGAUAACAUGUUAUACUUUUACAUUGCUGUGGCGGUUUGGACCCCACCUAUUUGGACCCCACCUAUGUGUGUUGUUUAUAUGCAGACAUAUGUCCGGUGUAUAUUUUCUAUAUUUUCGUCAUAUAAAAUAAAUGACAUUUCCACUGAA